AUGCACCACCCCCAGCAGCAUCCGCUCGAGACCCCGAGACUCAAGGUCGUCGGCAGCAGCCAACCGAAGCUGGUCCACACGCCCUCGCAGCAGUCCAUCGCGGCCUCUGACGACUACUACUCCUUCUCCGACAUCACCGCUCAUUCCAGCACCAGCAAGGUCACCGUCGUGCCCUACCAGACCGCUCCGUCUAGGAACCCGUCCACCCAGGACGUGCACACUCACAUCCAGGAUCACAUCCCACAGCCAGAAGAUAGCCAGGACAAGCAGAUACAGCCCGCCAGAGCAGUUGCCAGCGUGAGACGGCCCAGCAUGAGUCGACCACCGACGGCAACGCGGGGAGAGAUCCGGCUGCUCGAUAACGGGACUCCGACCCCCGGGGCAGACGACUCUCCCUACAUCCGCUUUGCCAUCGACCAAUUGACCAGAGACGAGGAGCUGAGGGGCGCGGGCCGACAUGGCUCGCUCGCAACCACCGACUACCCCGUCGAGCGCAUCGUGCCGGACGAAGGUCUGGGAUACUACACAGCAGUCCCGAACAAGACCGUUGCCACAGAUAACAACAACAACAGCAGCAGCAAUACGACCAUGGAGCAGCCAGAGAGUACGGACACACUCAUCGCUGUCGACCCUCCAAGCGACACCUACACCCAUCUCCCGCUCACCUUCAUCCCAUACGUUCUUCGUCCGGCCUUCCUCGCCAUCGGCAUCCUCCUCUGCCUCGCCAUGGUCGCCGCUCUCAUCUUCUGCAACGUCUGGUCGCAGCAGAAAGACGGCCUGUCCAACUACGUCUACUUUGGCGGCUCCAAGUACUUCGUCUUUGAGUUCCUACCCCAGCUCCUUGGCAUGGUCAUCGUCCUCUGGCUCUUCGUCGUCCAGGCGGCUGUCUACCGCAUAGCUCCCCUGUCCAGCAUAGCUCGUGCCGGCGCCAGGGACACCACCCUCCAGCGGCUGCCCAUGCUGCCCAAGAACUUUGUGCUGCCGGACUUGUCCCAUUUCACGUACGGCGAGCCUGUGGUCGGUGUCUGUCUCUUCGUCAUCUGGGCCGUAAACUGUUUCACGGUGCCUCUCCUCAGCUGUCUCUUCCAGCCUCGCUACUACGGCACGCUUCAGGACGGAGGGUUCCGCUGGGUCAGCGUGCAGGGAGUCGGUUGGACUCUCGUGGUCAUUUACGCUCUCCUCGUCCUCUCUCUCUUCGCCAUCCUCGCCCGGUUUGGUUUUGGGGUCAGUGGUCUGCAGUGGGACCCCGUCAGUCUGGCGGAUGUCAUCCCGCUGAUCCAGCGAUCCAACGUCCUCCAUGACUUCGAUCAGUCCGAGGUCACCCCCAAUGUAGGCGGCCACCUUCCACCUAGGAAACUGCGUCUGGGCUACUGGAAGACGUCCUCCAAGCCAGACAACUUCUACGCCCUCGGUGAAGAGUCCGCGCCGUUGAAAAGAGUCUCCUCCGUCGACCGUCUGCUGGAGAAGAGCAAUGGAGCAGCCACCAAGACUGCGGAUCCUGCCACUGUCGAUGUCGAGCGUCAGGAACUUCACAACAAGGACUCCUUCGAAAGAAGCCUGCAUUCGCCCUUCUUCCGCUAUCGCUGGGCUCCCUGGUUCCUCAAGGACACCUUCGUCGUCGCAUGGAUCAUAAUCGCCUUUGUCCUUCUGAUCGCCUUCCUCGCCGUCAGUUUCGUCAACCGGCCGCUGGACAGGGGCUUCCUCCCGCUCCUCCCGACCCUCCCUUCGGCGUCCGGCUUCUCUUCCUCCAACUUCCUCUUCAGCUUCAUCCCUGCACUGCUCGGAAACUUCCUCUUCCUUGCCUGGCAGCCGAUAGACGUCUACUUCCGCGCUGCCCAGGCAUACUCUGACCUCUCGUCGCCCCGCGGCGCAUUCGCCGAAAAAUCCCUGCUACUAUCCUACAACUCCUGUCUCCCACUCGAAGCCACCUUCCACGCUCUCUUCGCCGGCCACUACAAAGUAGCCUACAUCUCCUUCAUCAGCGUCGCCUCUCUCGCCCUCCCCGUCCUCGCCGGCGGUGUCUUCAUGGCCCGCUUUUACGCCGAGAAUGGUCAAGUGCGAAUCUCCUCUUAUACCCCUGCAUAUUAUACCCUUGUUGCAUUUGCUAUCGUCUACGCGCUGUCCUUCCUCACCAUCUGGCCCCGGCGCAUACGCUAUCUCCCUCACCCACUGUACACAUACGCAGACGCCAUCAGCUUCCUAUACCAGAGUCCCCUCCUGGUCGACAAGGUGUUCCGCGAACCCAGAACCAAGACGGACCUCAUCACUCGAACCAUCGUCGCACCACCUGGCGAGAGCCACAAGGCUCUAUAUGCCUUUGGCGUGUACUACGGUCAAGAUGGCAAGGAACACCUAGGCAUCGAUCGUCUAAGGAGACUCGAAGGAGAUGAGUGA